AUGGCCAAACCCAAAGCCGCCUCGAAGCACUCCCGCGCCGCCCGCCGCGCCGCCUCCCCGGACGCUGCGCCGCCCCCUCGCGCCGCCGCCGCCGCCGCCGACGUCCGCCCGUCCGUCCUCGCCGUCCACCGCUCCGCGGGCGUGGAGAAAAAAAAGGCCAAGGCGGCCCGCAAGACGCGCAUGUCGUCCAAGAUGCGGCGCCGGCACGACCGGGGCCUCGAGAUGGCGGCGGCGGUCACCGAGCGCACGGGCAGGAAGAUGGAGAAGAGCAUCGGGCGGGCUAGGGCCGUGCAGAGCAGGAGCCGUCCGUGGGAGCAGGUGAACCGGGAGGCGACGGGCGAGGGCGAGCCCGGGGGCGGCGGGUUCGCGGCUCUGGUGGACGAGGGCGCGGGCGCGGGCGCGGGCGCCGAGGAGCCAGGCGAGGGGGGGUUGGCGGCGGAUGACCGGACUCCGGGGCAGAGCGAGGGGGACGGGGAUGACGGGGGUGACGAGAUCCUGUGA